AUGCGUCUCCCAUACGUUGACCCCAGCUCCUCAACCUUUGACUCUCCAGAAAACAGCGCAAUCCUCUCUCGCGUCAGCGCCCGCCGAGCUCCCCGACCCCUCCAAUCACUCGACCUCGCACUCCUGCACGCCCCGCCAGUUGCUGACGGCUGGAACUCCUUCCUGGGAGCCAUCCGAACGAAAACAAGCCUCAGCGAUGAUGUGAGGGAGGUUGCUAUCUGUCGCGUUGCAGUUAUAAAUGAGGCGUGGUAUGAGUGGGGGCACCAUGCCCCUCUCGCCAAAGCCGGCGGUGUUAGUGAGGAAGCUUUGAAGAUUUUGGGCGAUAGACAUUUAGGAGGGAUGGGUGGGGAGAAAGCUAAGGGGUUAUUAAGUGAGAAGCUAUGGGCUGUUGUUAGGUAUACGGAUGAAAUGACGGCGAAUGUGAAGGUUCCGGAGGAUGUGUUCGGGGAGAUUAAGAGGCUUUUCUCUGAGCAGGAGGUUGUGGAAAUUACGGCUACCAUUGCUGCGUAUAACUGUGUUAGCAGAUUUCUCGUUGCUUUAGAUGUUGGCGAGAAGAACAGCCUCAAAGGACCUGAACUUUAG